AUGCAUCGCAGCAACAGGCAUCAACCGUUGAAUCAGCCCUUCAUGUGUUUAGUUUCAGCUCGCAUCUCAGUCCUGUUGUGCAUAGCUUUGCCCCCGCGUGCACGGUGGCUGCCGGUGGUGAGGGCCCCAUUUCCCGUCCCGGGUUCAUAUCAAGGGGCCCUUGGCACUCUGGCUGCGGGAUGCCUCUGGUCCGGCGUCUUCGGAUCCGUGUACGUGCCGGUUCGCGCCGCUGUGGAGGCCACAAACGCGUCAGAGGCACCCAGUGACACCCAACAUUAUCAUCACCAGCGGCCGUGCUGGAGCCCGGCGGUAGCGGCGGCGGCUGGAAGCCUCGCGGCAUCCUGCGUGCGGGUGCCUUUGCAGGUAGUCAAGGACCGCAUGGAGCGAAAGCAAUUCUUCUGUUCCCUUCAAGCGUUUGAGCGCAUCCUGGUUCUCGAGGGCCUAUCCAGCCUCUACAUUGGCUGGACCCGCAGCGUGGCCAAAAACCUGCCUUUCGAUGCGCUGCUCUUCCUGCUGUAUGACACUGGCAAAUCUCUGCUGGCAGCCGCAAAGCAGCCCCGGCGCCUUGCACAGUCCCAUCCCCAUCAUCAUCACCAGCACCAGCCAGCGGAGCAGGCGCCGGCCGCGGCCGAAGCCGAACCGCCGUACAAGUUCUGGGAGGCCGCCGCGAUUGGCGGUAUGGCAGGUGCAGCCGCGAGCCUACUCACUAGCCCCUUAGAGCUGCUUAGCCCCCCGUCGGCAAUCAGCCUCUGGGCUAGGAACCACGACGGCGGCACACGUGCGGGCAACUUAACCGGAGCUGCAGCUGUAGUGAGGGGUAUCAAGGGCUGGGAUGGCUGUAGUGCUGGGGACGCCUGCCAGCGCACAAUGCACCUGACGAAUAAGAGCAGCGGAGGCGGCUCCGGGGUACAUGUACCACCUCGGGGCACAUCACUACCACCGCUUGGUCACGUGGCGAGAGACCUCUUCCCGCCGGCGAUGGGGUCCCUGGACGGUGCAAGCGUUGGGGCGCAUUCUUCACCUACAGCUGCCGCGGCGCUCCCUAGCGUGGUUAAGGUUAGGAUCUGGCACCGCACUGAUGCUGGGUUCGCACGGCCACACGGAUGCUUGUUGCAAGAGGCCGAGAGCAUGGAUUGA